AUAUAAUAGACAACCGCAAAACUUUCUCUCUCCUCUCUCUCUCUCUCUCUCCUCUUUCUCUCUCACACACUACACGCACCGCCCAGAAAAGAAAAUACCUUCUGCAGGAAAACCUGAGGCGGCCGUUUUCCGUUGUGCCUUCGUCUCUCUCUCGCUCUCUCUCUCUCUCUUUAUACAGUAUUUAUUCUUUCGCUGUAUUACCAUCACUAAAUCCAAACCCCUCUUCUCCAAGAAACCUCAGAUUUAGUAUUUAUUACACACACACACAAACACCAACAUUUUCACUACAAAGUAUGUGCAAAUUUCUAUCAGUUUUUAUGUCAAGUUUCCAAAUUCCCGAGAUGGGUUCGUUCCAUUUCUGCAAAUUUUCGCCUUUGUUCUUCCCCAAUUAAUCGAAUUUAGAAACCCAAUUUCUUGAUUUUUGAUAAAUUAGAUUUUUUUAAUAUAUUUUUUGGGGUGUCGUUUUCAUAACCUAGAUAUGGGUCUUCUUGUUGUUGUUGUAAGGAAAAUUCGUACAGAGUAACUUGUAUUAUUUAUUUCUCUUGACUUUUCUUUAACCCUUUCAAAUUAGAACUUUUCCAUUAAGAUUUUCUUGAUUGUGGACCAAGUUAACAUUUUUCACAAGGUUCCUCAAUGUUGACACUAUUCGGAGACCUUCUCCACAAUUUCGAUACCCAAAACCCGCAUUCGGAGAGGGCCAAUGUCGAAAACAGCGAUUCGUGCCCUUCCGAUAGUGAAAGCGGGGUUUCCGGAACCGACAGCAACGAGCAUCGGUCGCGGCCUUUUUGUAAUAAUUUGUCCGCUGUUUCCAACGGGGAGGCGAUUUACGAGGUUGUCACGAAAAAGCUGGUUUCGAGUUUAAGUUCGUGUGGAUUCAACGCGGAAGUCGAGGCCGUUUAUAGGAACGAUUACACCGGUAUUAUGAGCCGAGCAAAGCUUCAAUCUUUCUGCAUAUAUUCAAAGGCAAUGGAAGUCAAAUGUGGUGGCAAUUCCAAUGUGAAGUACGCUUGGUACGGUGCUUCGAAAAACGAGAUUCGGAGGAUCGUUUCCCAUGGUUUUGGCCUUCCGGUCGAUACGCAAACACACGGACAAGGUGUGUAUCUUUCUCCGGUCGAUCGCCCUUUCGAAAGUAUGAAAUCGGCUUCUCCGGACGAAGACGGGCUACGACACAUGUUACUUUGCCGUGUAAUAUUGGGGAAAAUCGAGGCUGUUCCUCGUUUUUCCGAACAAUGCAAUCCGAGUUGCGAAGAAUUUGAUUCGGGCGUCGAUGAUUUAGCUUCUCCUUCGAAAUAUAUCGUUUGGAGUUCGUGUAUGAACACGCAUAUAUUGCCGGAAUUCGUGAUCAGUUUUAGGGCAUCCUCGUACGGAAGAGGAGAUCAAAGGAGGUCACAAUCUUCAAGAACGCCGAAUUCCGAUUGGAUGCCGUUUCCAACUCUAAUUACCACGCUUUCGAAGUUCUUGCCUCGCGAUGCAAUCGAAUUGAUAGGGAAGAAUCACAGUGAUUACAAAAAUCGCAAAAUAACGAGACAAGAAUUGAUUCAGCUGGUGAGAAACGUAGCAGGGGACAAGUUGUUGAUGGCAAUCAUCAAAUCUUAUAGAAGAAAGCAGAUUAAACAACCCUCGAGCAACGGCUUGUAUAACAACUAAUCGAAAGAAAUCGGUUAUUUAAAUUGAAGAAUUUGUCUUUGAAGUUGAUUUGGAUUUGAAUCAUCGAACAAGCUGACUUGGACAUAUGACGAAGAUUGUUAUUAAUAGAGUCGAUUUUCAAGCAAUGUUUCUCUUUGUUUGUAUUUCGUUAUUAAUGUUACUUACCUAAGGUUGUUGUACUCGUUUACGAUAACGAUCGGAGUCCGUUUUUCGUCUUCUUAGAAAAUCUUUUGUUUUUUUUUUUUAAUCUAAUUUUAUGCU